UCCGAGGGGUCCGUGCCCUCCGCCGGGUCGUGGUUCCGGCUCUUGUCUCUUCAGCGCUGGCUUGGCGAGCCCCGCCGCGGGGUUUGGGCCUCCUCAAAGCCCGGCCCGGCGCACGGCAGGGCGGCGGGUGUGGGCCCUGCCUGGCCUCUCUAGUGGGUGAAGCGGGGAGGCCGCAGCAGGAGCGGCUGAGGUCACUUGCUCUGGUCAUCGUGGAGAAGGGCAGACUGAGGAGGGACCUCACCGCGGGCUGCAGCUUCCCCCCGAGGGGCAGCGCCGAUCUCUGCCCUCUGUGACCAGUGACAGGGCCCGAGGGAACGGCUGGAGCUAUGCGGAGGGGAUUAGGUGGAUAUUAGGGAAAGGUUCUUCCUCCAGAAGGCAGUCGGGCACUGAACAGUCCCUAGGAAUUCCAUCUGGCAGAAAUGGGUGAACCUCAGCAAGUGAGUGCCCUUCCUCCGCCUCCGAUGCAAUACAUCAAGGAAUAUACUGAUGAAAAUAUCCGUAAAGGCCUGGCUCCAAAGCCCCCUCCGCCUGUGAAGGACAGCUACAUGAUGUUUGGGAAUCAGUUCCAGUGUGACGAUCUCAUCAUUCGGCCCCUGGAGAGCCAGGGCAUUGAACGGCUGCACCCCAUGCAGUUCGACCACAAGAAGGAGUUGAGGAAACUCAACAUGUCUAUCCUGGUCAACUUCCUGGACCUCUUGGACAUCUUGAUAAGGAGCCCGGGGAGCAUAAAGCGAGAGGAGAAACUGGAAGACUUGAAGCUGCUUUUUGUCCAUGUGCAUCACCUGAUCAACGAGUACCGGCCUCACCAGGCGCGCGAGACGCUGCGGGUGAUGAUGGAGGUGCAGAAGCGGCAGCGCCUGGAGACGGCCGAGCGCUUCCAGAAGCACCUGGAGCGCGUGGUGGAGAUGAUCCACGGCUGCCUGGCCUCCCUGCCCGACGACCUGCCCCACGCAGAGGGCGGGCUGAGGGUCAGCACCGAGCCCGUGGAUGCUGACGACGGCAGCGGCUGCGCCGGGCAGGGUGAGAAGCAGAGGGAGCGCUCUGGUGGCAAGAGAGAUCAGGUUUUGGACAAAGACGCAGCAAUGUGCAGCAUCAUUGAUGAAAUGACAUGAAGCAAACAGCUGGCUUUGUGAAUGCGCCACAGGGAGAGGCAGAAGGGGUUCUGAGGAUACACGUGGUGUUUUGUUUUGUUGUACACCUGUUGGAGGUUGGGAGUGACUGGGCAGAUGAAAAUGUUCAAUGUUUUCUCACCUGUGGUUUUUUUGAUAGAAAUGAAAAGGUCUAAUUUUUGUUAAAUGUAUCAUGUGAGGUGGUAGGCACAGAUUAAAGUUGAAGUUUUCCUGUUGUA